UCAAACGUCGUGCCUUUCGGUUCUGUCGAUACGCUCACAGUGCUCACUGGACUGUUCACACAGUAUUCUGGCCGCGGUGCGUUUCAGCGUGCAUUCCGGUCGGCGGCAACAGCAUUUGAUAUUGCGAACAGUCAACGAGAAAUAAAUAACGGUGGACCUGUGUUUAAGUGGUCUUCGUCUUGAUAAUCAUAAAAUAAAGUUAAAUUAUCGUGUCCCAUAUCCCGGUGUUUAAGUGCUAAGUUCGCGUUUCCGGUAGCACCAUCAAAUUCGGCGUGCACCGCCCGGUAUUAUUGUCUUAAAACUUUCGUUUCGCUAACAGUUCUUAAGCGACGCGGGGAUUGCCACAUCGUGGUCGUACGAUUUUCAGUGUUCCACGCCCGCUCACUGUGUGUAGGUGCAAUGCGUGUGGACCGAUAUAUUGCAUUUUAAUAACGUGAUUUUGGUUUAGUAUUAUAAUAAAUUAUCAACAGACCAUAUCGAUCUCUAUUCUGUCUGAUCAGACUUCGCAUCUGCAGUUGGCCGUUACACUAUGGCCUGGGUGACAAACCUUCGCUACAGUACAUCCAGAGAUUGCACGACACCGAGGGCAUGAAGUGUGCAAUAAGUUGUAGUAUUGUUUCAAAUAAAUUGUUAUGACCAUAACGCUUACACCACAUGUACUCGACCAAGUAGCUGUUCAGUAUUGGUCGGCGAGGUAUCAUAACCGAUGUGCAGCUGCAGGUCUAGGUUAGGUACACGGUCAUCAUGACGAAGCGCAGUCAUCGCCGCUGAGGCCCAUCGUCUCAACCACUAUUUUAGCAGUGUCCACGUCCCACACGCCGACGGUCGCGCCGACUGCCGAAGAAUUGUAUGACCGCCGUCAUCGUUGUCUUCGGUUGAACGGUACACGGCCAGGUUCGGCGAGCGAUGACCACGACAGCUAACCACCGGGCCGCCGCAGGAGGUAACAUGGCUCCCGAACCGGAGGAAGACAUCGCGGCCAUCGCCAAACAGAUAUCGGACCACGCGGAGGCGAUAUACCAGACGUGGAAGGCCCGGGGCCUAGCGCCCAACGAGAUACUGACGUGCCACCGGGACUCGUCGGCCGCAGCUGACAAGUUCGGCUCGGCGCUGACGCCGCAACCCAAACUACCGUCAGACGUGACGGCCCAAGGACACCAUAACCGUGGCACGCAGCUGAUGACCGACUCGAAUAGCACCAACAACCUAGAACGGCUGGUGAACAAGUUCGUGGUGGAGGACAAGGCCCGACUGCAGGCGGCUCGGCAGUCGCGUUCACUGUCGCCUAAGCCGUUCGCAUCGUCCAUUCAGUACGCGCUGCAAAAGUUCGAACAGAAAGCUUCCUCGUCCACCAGCCCCGUUUCCGAGCCACAGCUACAACUACAGCAACACGCUUCCGCUGGCAAGCAGAACGUUGGCGGGAGUGGUGCCGCCAAGAGGUACUGCAGCAAGCCGUCACCGAUACGGAGCUAUGCAGCGGCACCUGUAUCAGAUGAUAGUAAAGUGGACGGGCCUGUGUGGCCGUUUCGGAACGGCGGCAAACCGGUUGUGGCUCAGUCGCAGCAAAACACUUGCGACUUUAUGGAUGAGGUGGCGAAAGAGGAACAGCGGCUGAUCGACGCACUCAAGAACGGAUCGGUGGUUGAGAACAGGAAGACUGAAAAGCCGGCCGUACCCAGCAAAGAAGGCGUCCUGUUGCGAUCGGCCGCUGGUAGUUACGACGCGGCGGUGACGGGUCACCGUUCUAAGCCAGAGUUCCUCAUCGGGCUGUCAGCGCUCAGCUCUUCCAGGCGGAACCAGCACGCGCACCGUCAACAGGAACAGGUGCCACAUCCUGAGCUCACUGACCACCAGCGGGCAAACAUCCGGUCCAAUCACCACCAGUCCAACCCUGUUCGGCCGUUUUUAACGCGUGGUUCAGUUGCCGAACGUGUGCUCAUUUUUGAAAAGUGUCCGACCGAACUGAUGAAGAACUCUGCCGUUUGCAAUUCUUCAUCUGGUCAGUCGUCGUGGAAGAACAUCGGAUCGGAUGUGCACAGCAAAAUCCAAAACUAUUCAAAGGAAUCAAAUCAGAAACCUGGAGCGCCUCCACCGCACACUACGUUACAAAGACAUACUAAGGCUAACCGUAACGUAUUUAUUCCUAGAUUCUACUAUCCAUUUGGCAAGCCUGAGAGUCAACAGCAGUGGGAUACUAUCGUCAAAACAAUCACAGAUUUCUUCAUGUCGUUGCCGAAUUCACAAGCUUCGAAACAUCAUUUUGGUCAAAUUGCAAAGUUAUGUAAUUGUCCGCUUUAUUGGAAGCAACCUCUGUUCUUUGCCUGUGGCGGAGACUUGUCCAGUACUAUAGACGUAAACACCUUCCUUAAUUAUUGGAAAGACGUGUGGUCUUCUUGUCACGACUUGCCAUCGAUGUUCAUACGCAUAUUAUCCAGAAACUCAAAAAAACAAACAUUAUCACCCGAAAACUUCAUCUUAUUAGUCCAAGAUGUGGUCGAUUCCCAUCCCGGCUUAACAUUCCUGAAAACUGCACCAGAGUUCCAUUCUAGAUAUGUGCACACGGUAAUAUCAAGAAUAUUCUACAGUGUUAACACAUCAUGGAGUGGUGAUCUUAGUCUAGCAGAAAUCAGACGAUCAGAUUUAAUUCGAGUCAUUGAUCUAUUAGAAAAAGAAGAAGAUAUCAACCAAGUAACUGCAUACUUCAGUUAUGAACAUUUCUAUGUCAUAUACUGUAAGUUUUGGGAGUUGGAUCGUGAUCACGAUUUAUUUAUUAGCAAAACUGAUUUAGCCAGACACAGCGAUCAUGCUUUGUCCACAAGAAUAAUUGACAGAAUAUUUUCUGGGACUGUUACUAAGAAAAAGCAAAAGAAUUCUAAUAAUAAUUAUAUAGAAGAAAAGAUGAGUUAUACUGAAUUUGUUUGGUUCCUAAUGGCCGAAGAAGACAAACGACAUCCUAGAGCGGUUGAAUAUUGGUUUAGAUGCAUGGAUAUUGACGGUGAUGGUUAUUUGUCUAUGUACGAGCUUGAAUAUUUUUAUGACGAGCAAUUGCAAAGAAUGGAAAGCAUAGGAAUUGAAUGUUUACCAUUUGAGGAUUGUUUGUGUCAGAUGCUUGACAUGGUCAAACCAAAGUGCUGUGGCAAAAUAUCAUUAGCUGAUCUCAAAAGAUGCAAAAUGACUCCAAUAUUUUUUGAUACAUUCUUUAACCUUGAAAAAUAUCUGGAUCACGAACAACGUGAUCCAUUUGCUUCACAGAGGGAUAAUGAAAAUGAACAUACGGAUAAUGGAAAUAAAUAUUAUAAGGCAUCAGACUGGGAUAAAUAUGCUGCUGAAGAAUAUGAAAUGUUAGUAGCUGAAGAAGGUGGAAACGAUGCACCAGAAGAAAUAAAUGGAACUGAUAUUGAAGAUAUCCUGUCACCCAAUUUGGAUGAUGUAUUGAAAUCAUGUACGUUUAAUAAACUAUCCAAUCAGCCUAGAGUUUUGGUCACUGAUUUCUCUUCACCAUCUACUAUGUAUGAUGAUAAUGAUUCAUCUGACUAUGCUGGCGAUAGUGACGAUGAUAUUUAAUUUAAAUACACAAUAAUAAUACAUAAUAAUAGGUUAUAAAUAAUAAUAAUAAUAAUAAUAAUAAUAGUAAUUUUAGUAAUAAAUAUAGUAACACAACCACGUUAUUUCUUUGUGACAAUGGGAAUUGCUGACAUUAUUAUACCAAAGAAUAUAGUUGCUCAUAUUGUCCUCUUGUUCCCAUGUUUUUCUUCUGUUGUUAACUUGAACUUAUAAAUGCAUAAUUUUUGACAAAAUGUUACAUAACAUAAUUUAUGUGUGUGUUUUUGUUAAUAGGCUAUAGCCUGAAAAUAUGUUCAUUAUUAUUUUGUUUUAUUUAUGAAAGAUUAAUUGUUGUUGUUUUCAAAAAUGUUUAAAGCAUUAUAAAAGGUGUAUAAAAUAAUUGCGCCAUGUAC